CACCUCCAACACCUGCAGACCAGCCACCGUCAUGCCCAGCAGCCAGGCCCGGUGCCGGGCCAGAGAAAGGAACAACGUCCUGAACCGGCCCGAGUUUCUGUCCCUGAACCAGCCCCCCCGCAGGGAGCAGGGGACAGGGGAGGGCCGGGGGGGCGGCGGUCCAAGGAGAGCCUCAUUCAGACAGCAGAGUCAACAGGAGGACGCAGGACUGAGGGGGUCAAGGGACUCCUCAGAAGGGGGCUCAGCGGCUGACGUGGGGGUGAAGGAGACGUCUCGCUGGCCGGAGCAGGACUGUAUGCAGCUGAAUCCGUCAUUUCGAGGCAUCGCCAUCAACUCUCUGCUGGCCAUCGACAUCAGCCUGUCAAAGCGCCUGGGGGUGUGCGUGGCGGCCCGCGGCCCCGGGGCCCCGCUGCGUUCCAUGGUGACCCUGCUGGCCCUCAGCGGACAUGCCCUCCCCUGGCUCUGCGGGACUCUGAUCUGUCUGUGGAGGAGCAACACGCUGGCUGGACAGGAAGUCCUCGUCAACCUGCUGCUAGCUCUGAUCCUGGAUCUGAUGACAGUCGCUGGGAUGCAGAAGUUGGUCAAACGCAGAGGACCGUGGGAUUUCCCUCCGGGGUUUCUGGACUACGUUGCCAUGGAUGUAUAUUCUUUUCCAGCAGCCCACGCCAGCCGAGCCGUCAUGGUUUCCAAGUUCCUGCUGAACCACCUGGUGCUGGCGGUGCCCCUGAGGAUCCUGCUCUACCUGUGGGCCUUCCUGGUGGGCGUGUCCCGGGUGAUGCUGGGUAAACAUCACCUGUCAGACGUUGGCUGUGGUUUUGCUCUGGGCUUCCUGCACUUCAGUCUGGUGGAGUCAGUCUGGCUGGACUCUGCUACCUGCCAGACCCUCAUCUCCAUCGGCACGCUGCGCUGGACUCCACUGGUUUAGCUGGGAACGGUCCCAACUGGUGUGGACUGGAUCAGACUGUUCUGUCUAGACUCCAGAUGUUCACCUGUGAUGGCACACACUGGACACGUUUUUAAACUGGUUUGGAUUGAUGUAAAGGUCUGACUCUGGUUUGGACUGACGCUCUGCUCCAACGACACAUCCUGGACACACCUUGUUUGGACCAGUUUGGACUGGUUUAGAUAGAUGUAACAUGGCUGUAGUCCAGUUUGGAUUGCAGUAGCUGCCAGACCCGUCGGUUCAGUACGCUGCGCUGGAUGUCUCUGGUUUAGUCGCUUUGGACUGGUAGUCAGGUGAGACACAAAGACCAACUGGAGCUCUCUCGCAGUGUUAGCAUUAGCAAUCGCCGCUCAGUUUCAUGCUGCUUUCAUGUUUACGGGGGAGUGGACGGACGCUGAAGUGAAGCUAACAGCUGCUGUAAGCAGCACAAACCAAAGGGUAAAGCAGCUGAAUGUGUGUGUGUGUGUGUGUGUGUGUGGACUUUGAAAAGAAAAUAACUGUAAAGUGUUUUAUGGAUAAAAAAUGAGGCUACAGAAUUAGACUAAUUAACAAAUGUAGCAGUCAGAAACUCAGGAGACGUUUGUGUUUGUGAUGUCAGCUGACGUCAGAGAGGAAACAGAUGGAGUAAAAUCAGUGAGAAUUUAUCAGGAAGCAGCAACUGAACAGAUCAUAGGAAGUUCUUGUCUUGUUUACAUGAAAUAAGUUUGUGUUCAGGUUUGAAACUCAGGCGUCACAUGACGACAGCGAGUCUGUGAACGAGGUUUCAUCUGGGAGUUUUCUGUGUUUGGUACAAGUGUGAACAGCUGAUCAGUUCAGCUCAGCUCGAGUCAGAAAGACCGACAGACGCUCGGUCGAGAGGAAUCGACAAACACGAAACAGAUUGGAGACCAGCAGUUUUCUGGAGAAACUCAGAGGGAACUGAUGGAAACCACAGAAGAAGAAACAAAGUGUAAAGUUUCAACUCUGUUUUGUUUCGUCGAAUAAAAACUCUUCUCACGCA